AUGACAGCUUAUCCUGAGCAGCUCGAACACGCCUCUAUUUAUACACGUGGACCUGAGGAUAGCGAGGAGAGUGACGGAGAGGGGGGCCUCGGGAACCUCAGUAGACUGAUCGUGCGGCCUCCGGGACAAAGCGGGAAGGCCAAGAGAGGUCAGCUGUGCUUCGACGCGGCCUACGAAUGUGGCAACUUAGGUCGCGCUGACCACAUCACAGACCUCGAGUACGAUCUUUUCGUGCGACCGGACACAUGCCGUCCCAGAUCCAGGCAACGGAUACCGCGUCGCUUGAUCUUCUACCACAAGUCGUCGGCACAUCGCGGACGCAAGAUCCUCAGUAUCGCUUUUGCAUUCGACCGCGAGGAGGAUGUAUAUCAUUUCACGGCGGCCACACCAUACUCAUACUCUCGCUGUCAGAAGCACCUGGCCGCUUGGGAGAAGAAGGCACAGGGUUUCGCGGCUAGGGAAUCGAUUGCGCAGACAACUCAAAAACGGCGUAUAGAACUAGUCACAAUAGGAAAUUUUGAUUUGAAAGAAAAUGAACAUAAAGAUGAUCAUUAUACCACAAAGGGUAAGGUGGUGGAGCCGAAGAAACGAGUCGUCUUCAUUAUAGCGAGAGCCCAUGGAGGCGAACCUGCUUCUUCGUUUAUUUGUCAAGGGCUAUUAGAUUAUUUAGUAAGUUCAUCUGAAAAAGCUGUUGCGAUACGGAACGGCAUAGUCAUACAGGUAGUUCCUAUGCUGAAUCCAGACGGAGUAUUUCUGGGCAACCAGAGGUCGGAUUUGUUAGGUUCUGACCUAAAUCGCUGCUGGAACCGUGCCACAUCCUUUGCUCAUCCAGCACUUGUCGCCAUAAAGGAACAGCUCAAUAAACUCACCACUGAAAAGCGUGUUCAACUAGAUUUCAUAAUUGAUAUCCAUGGAGAUAUUAGUCACGAAGGUGUUUUUGUACGAGGCAACUCCUACGACGACGUAUACAGGUUCGAACGUCACGCUGUCCUGCCGAAGUUCCUAUCGAGUCGCGUGGAAGCAUGGCGGGCAGAGGCUUGCUUUUACAAUGCAGACUCGCAGGCGGCGGGCACGGCGCGCCGGACACUGCCCACCGGCAGCGUCGACGGGUACUCACUGCUGGCGUCACUCGGCGGACGCAGACUCACGCCGAGAGGGCCAUCGCCCAGCUCUUCGCCGGAGCGUCGCGUGGUGCGGCCGCGCAUACUGUCCCCGCCGCUGCCUGUUACGUCACCACCUGCACUGCGCGCGCUAUUACCGCGCGUCUCCAGGCACGCGGUGCUUCGCGCGAGACCGAAGACUGUACCCGAUAUGGAGACUAUUCUUCCAGUCAUCACCGGAACUACAGUGAGAACUCCUCGCCUGGCAGUGGUAGAUAUGAGCGCGUACAUCCGCACUCCCAAGGGUUAUGAUAGGCCUAGAGGACAUAUUAAACAUAGGCUUGCACGCCCCCCGCGACCGUCUCAUGCGAGGUUUACUAGCGACGAAUAUGACACCCAAGAAUCAGACUCUUAA